AUGGAUCCUUAUCUACAACUGCGGGUUGAUGACGGCAGCAACAAUUGCUCCGGAAGGGUUGAAAUAUUAUUCAAUAACAGCUGGGGAACGGUGUGUGAUGACUCCUGGGGUCUCCCCGAUGCCAAUGUCGUCUGCAGACAGUUGGGCUGUGGCUCUGCUCUUUGGACUCCAGGAGCGGCGACCAUUGCCCCGGCCUCAGGUGAUAUCUGGCUGGAUGAAGUGAAAUGCACGGGAAGUGAAUCAUUCCUGUCCCGUUGUCUGGCUUCACCGCUCGGUCAACAUGACUGUGAUCACAAGGAAGAUGUCUAUGUCACCUGUUCUGGAAUUUCAAUUUCAGUUUUGGGAAAGAAGCCGCCCUCCACGGCUGUUGUGGUUUGUACAACUCUCGGAAUCCUUCUCAUCGCCGAAUUUGUCGCACUGGUGAUAAUAACUCGGAGGCAAUCAGCAAGAAGAGAUGCAGAGAUGAGAGGCAGAGGCUUUGGCUUUUACGAAGCAAUUUAUGAAGAGAUUGACGAUACUCUUCCUGGAAACAAGUUCAGUCAGAUGGAUGAUUCAAUCUCUGGAUCAAUUGAUUCCAUGAAUCAAAUAGAAUAUUACACCAGCGACCCUCUGGGCUGUGCUCAUCCAACAAGCGAACUCCCUGAAGGAACCUCCUCCAGUGUUCGAGAUCUAGUUCCGGAUGACCAUGAUGAUCCUGAGAGUAAAGCUAUUGAUUGUCCGGGCGGUCAGUUCCCGAUGGACGGUGGCGCCGAUGACCUUCUGAUGCUAACAGUUGCCGGCGGUGACGUGGACAUUGGUGGAGAAGAGCACCCACAUGGUCUGGAUCACACUGUGGACACUGGGAUCAACCAUCUCCUCUCUGACGGCCGCCCCGGGGAUUGUCAGGCGGACCCUUCAGAAAGCGUGAAGUUGAGGCUGGUGAACGGGGGCAGUCCAUGCGCCGGGAGAGUGGAGGUUCACUACAAGGGGAACUGGGGGACUGUGUAUGAUUACCGCUGGGACCUGCAGGACGCGGCGGUAGUGUGUCGGGAGCUGGGCUGCGGCGCCGCGGUGAAAGCCCCGGGCCGAGCUCACUUUGGACCGGGGUCCGGACCUAUUGUGACGUCAUCUGUUGAGUGCAGCGGGAGCGAGGCCGCUCUGCGGGAGUACUCCAACGAUGCCGGCGUUAUCUGCGAAGAUCACAGAGGGCCAAGAUUGGUAUCCAAAGAUGAUCAGUGCUCGGGAAGACUGGAAGUGCAGUAUGGUGAAACCUGGGGAACCGUGUGUGACCUGGCCUGGGAUAUGGAUGAUGCCAGUGUGGUGUGCA